GUAAAUAAAUAAUAAAAAUAAAAAACCCUAGAAAAUCAAAUCACCCUCAACUCAUAUCCCCUAAUUUAUGUGAAUCUUUCUAUUUUCCUAUCUUUCUUCUAAUCAUAUCAAUGGAUUCCUUGGUAGCUACUUAUGCAUCAUCUUCAGAUGAAGAAGAUGAACAACAAGACAUUCAACCCAAACAACAAAACCCAUCAACAAAAUCUGGCCCAAAUCCUUUCACAUCUCUCCCACCACCCAAAUCACAAAAACCCACUUCUCUGUUUUCAAAGCUUCCUCAACCCAAAUCAGAAAUUUCUGACCCAUUUUCAGUAAACCCUAAAAAACCCAAAAAAGUUGUCACCUUUCAUCCACCCAUUAUCAAGAAACCUGUUCUUGAUGAUGAUGAAGAUGAUGAUGAUGAUGAUAAACAAGUGAAAAAAGAUAGCUUUUUACCUCAAGAAGCACCUUCUGUGAUGGCUUUUAUAUCGAGUAUGGCUGCCCCAAGAAACUCGGGCUCUCUCGGGUCUUUGCAGACGUCUGCAGGUACGGGCAGACGGUCGAUUUUAGAAGCCGGUGUGUCUAAUUCGAAUGCGGGUAAUUUGGGUAAGGAUAGUCUUGAUAAUAAUAAUAGUGCUAAUAGUUCAAAUGUUAAUUUGUAUGCUAAUACGGUUGAAACGAAUGUGGAAUAUGCAAGUUAUGAUUAUGGUGUGGGUACGGGUCAUUCGGGUUAUGGGCCAGCUGCUCCUGGAAGUGAUGAUAAUGUCAGUUAUAGUGGUUAUGAGAAUGUGGUUACGGGUCAUUCGGGUUAUGGGCCAGCUGCUCCUGUAAGCGAUGAUAAUGCGGGUUAUAGUGGUUAUGAGAAUGUGGGUACGGGUCAUUCAGGUUAUGGGCCAGCUGCUCCUGCGAAUGAUGGUAAUGUGGGUUAUAGUGGUUAUGAGGCUUAUAGUGAUUACGGGCAGUAUGAGAGUAAAUGGGUGGAUCGGUCAGGUGGGUAUGUGGAGCCAGAGGUUUCGGUGGCGCAAGCUAUUCAAAAUGUGGCGAGGGUACCGGGAAAGAGAGGUAGGAAUGAGAUACCUCAGGAAGUGAUUGAGGUUAGUCAAGAUGACUUGAUGAAGAAUCGGCCACGAGAGGAUCAAACUAAAGCAACUGGGAUCGCAUUCGGGCCUGCAUAUCAGUCAACUUCUUCAACCAAGGGGAAAAUAUCAAAGAUGCACAAGAGGAAACAUCAGAUUGGAACUUUAUACUUCGAUAUGAAAUCAAAAGAAAUGGAACUCGCAGAACGCCGCUCUAGAGGAUUUCUCACCAAAGCAGAAACACAUGCCAAGUAUGGAUGGUGAGCUUGUUAUUGUAUUUUUAUAAGUCUACAGAGCAAAAAGACUUGAUUGCCUGCAACCUUCAUUUUACAGUUCUUCUCCGUAUGUUGAUUUCACUUGUAAACUUUUCACUUUUAAAUGAAGAAGUUACAAAGAUUCUUUGCCUUUUUGCAAAGUUGUAUACCA